UCCCCCAUUUCCACCCCAACCACCCACCCCCUAUACCCACUACCCCUUCUCUAAAACCCUUCUCUUCUUACAAUCCCAAAAAUCUUUAGCUUAAGGGGUAUCCAUUCCAUGUCUUUUGAUACAAAAAUGACAGGUUCAGAUGCACCGCCCACUGGUGUGGCGGCGCCACCGGCUGCUCAGUCAUCAUCCGCCGCCGUGAACGGCGGAGGGAGGAGUCAGAUCUCCCAGCCGAUCAGACGAUACCUGCCCUUUGCUUCAAUGAGGCCGCCAUUUGUUAGUCCUGAGGAUUACCACCGAUUUGGUGGUGUUGAUUCUCGGAUUGGGUCCCCUACUUUACAGCCUGAUGCUAUUGUUGUUAAGUCCCCUGCACUAAAGCGGAAGGGUGGGAUGGGCUAUAAAGCAGUUGAGUCCUGUGACUGGACUGCUAAUCCUGGGUAUUCGGAUGUGGCCAAUAGUCCACUUGGAACGCCAGUGUCUGGAAAAGGAGGAAGAGCAAAUGGACGGUCAAGAGCCACAAAAAGCAAUAAAUCUGGACCUCCAACUCCUGUCUCUAAUGUUGGUUCUCCUUCUCCUCUUACACCUGCAAGUUGCCGUUACGACAGUUCAUUGGGUCUUCUAACCAAGAAAUUUAUCAACUUGAUCAAGCAUGCUGAAGAUGGUAUGCUUGAUCUUAACCAGGCUGCAGAUACUUUGGAGGUGCAGAAAAGAAGGAUAUAUGAUAUAACAAAUGUGCUUGAAGGAAUUGGUCUUAUUGAAAAGAAGCUCAAGAACAGAAUACAAUGGAAGGGUGUUGAUGCUUCUAGACCUGGAGAAGUGGAUAAUGAUGCUGCCAUUUUAAAGGCAGAAACUGAAAGCCUUUCGAUAGAAGAGCGAAGAUUGGAUGACCGAGUUAGAGAAUUGCAAGAAAAGUUAAGGGAUAUGAGUGAAGAUGAAGACAACCAAAAAUGGCUUUUUGUAACUGAAGAAGAUAUAAAGAGCCUACCUUGCUUUCAGAAUGAGACCCUCAUAGCAGUUAAAGCUCCUCAUGGCACCACCCUGGAAGUCCCAGAUCCUGACGAGGCUGUGGACUAUCCACAAAGGAGAUAUAGAAUUAUACUCAGAAGCACAAUGGGUCCAAUUGAUGUCUACCUCGUCAGUCAAUUCGAGGAGAAGUUUGAGGAGAUGAAUAGUGUUGAACCAUCAAUGGCCAUCCCAGUUGCUUCAAGUUCAGGCUCAAAGGACAAUCCGGCCAUGGAGAGAUCAACUCUUUCAAACAAUGUUACUGAGAAUGAAGGACAAACACAAAAUGUUGAUCAAUUGAGUUCUGAUCUUGGUACUUCACAGGAUUACGGUGGUGGAAUGAUGAAGGUUGUCCCUUCAGAUGUUGAUAAUGAUGCAGAUUACUGGCUCCUAUCAGAUGCACAUGUUAGCAUCACAAAUAUGUGGGAGGCAGAUCCUGCAGUUGAAUGGGAUGGGGAAAACUUGCUCCAUGAAUUUGGAAUAGCUGAUCUAGGUACCCCAAGGGCACAUACUCCAUCUGCUGUUACUGAUGUACCAACCCCAAUGAACGUGCCACCAAGAUGAGUUACGCUCUUGCGGAUAAGCUGAAUUUGGAAAUUCCAGUCUAAUUUAGUCAGAAACAAGAAAUCACCGUCUAUUUUUUGCUGUUUUGCUCCUUAGAUCCCUAAGGGCACUGGACGGUGUACUCACACAAAGCCCAAGGACUGAGACUUUGUACAGUUGCGGAAUCUGCUUGACCCCUUUUACAUGGUUGAUACUUGUAACCAAACAGAGCAUGCUGAAGGUGCAAAAGGUGGAGUUAAAAGAAUGGGAAGGAAAUGUUGGUUAUUUAUGAAAUUCUUGCUCUUAACACCCUCCUCCCCAUCGUCUUUGCUUUUCCAGAACGUUUAGGCUACGUGGGAGGUAAAAGUUUUUCCUUCCACAGUAGAGUUCCUUUCCUGUUCGCAGGUCUUCACAACUCAACACUCAUCUUCUUUCUGGAAUUUAAUAUUACCAUAAGAUAUUUGAGGUCCUUAAAGCUGCAUCAUACAUUAUUAUGGGUUUUCCCUUGUUGAGAAAAAUUGUCCCCAACAUUCUGUUUUACUUUGUUUGAUACAAGGAUACAUAUGUGCCCUUAAACUUGUCUGCUAUUUUCAUUUAGACACUUGAACUAGGGCAAGUACCUAUUGAACACCUCAACUCAAGCUAAAGGAUACAUAUGUGCCCCCUAAACUUGUCUGCUAUUUUCAUUUAGGCACUUGAACUAGGGCAAGUACCUAUUGAACACCUCAACUCAAGCUAAACUGUGUUUAUUAGAUACAACUUGGUGAGGUGGCAGUGUGUAUGACACUUUCUUUAAGAGUGAGAGAUCAGUUUUUUCUUUUCCUAAUUUAUUUUCUUUCUUUUUUCUCCUCUCUCAUCGACCUUUCCCCCACCCCCACCCCCACCCCCCAAAGCCUAUCCUAGUUUUGUUUGCCGGGAAGAAUGGAGAUAGUUGGCUGCCAUCCUAGAUAUUGGCCCAUGGAAAUUAUCUAAACCGAGCGGAUCAAACCUUCUUCCUGCUCAAGCAGAUGCCGAACCUCAUGGAGAUUGUCGGAGAGAUUUUUAAGGACCAAAUUAUCACCUACUCAAGGCUCUUCCAUCACUGUUGAUGUUUUUUGACAUUUGGUACUGUAAACAUAAAACUUGCUAAUUCUCUCCUAUAUCCUUGUAUUAUCAAUGGAAUCAAAUAUCAUCUUUAAUCAACCUUCA